AGUAUGACUUUAUGCAGCAAGCUGGGCCACGAUACGAGAGGGGUGGCGGAUCUGGAGCUGCUUCUGGAUCUAUAAGUGGUGGUGUUGGAGGCAGUGGUGGACCACAGCCUUCGAUGUUCAGAAGGAGUCAGUCACAAGUCCCCGAGAGGGUUAGGGACUACCACCUAGGUUUGAGCAGUGCUCCACGACAGCAAAGGAUUGAUACCGGCCCAUGGACUGUCAAGGGGAGGACAUCAAGAGAGCUUCUAGGGAGGGCAUGGGCGAAGGCGUGCCAUGCUGUCGGUAUUCCCGGCCGGAAAGUCGAUGACCCAUACUUUAAAGCUGCGAUCGUGGAGACCCAGAAACAAGGUGUUGGAAUCAAAAUACCAUCAGGGAGGGAGAUAGAUGGAAAAUAUUUGGAUGAGAAUGUGAAGGAGAUAGAGAAAGAGAUAGAGAAGUGGAAGAACGAGUGGGAUGAAUGUGGAGUCACGAUCAUGUGUGAUUCGUGGACGGGGCCUAUGCGUAAUUCGGUCAUUAAUUUCUUGGUGUAUAGCGGUGGCACCAUGUAUUUCUUGAAGUCCAUCAAUGCGUCCGACAAAAUACAGGACCAUCAAUACUUGUUGAAGGAGAUACGAGCAGUGGUCAUGAAAGUGGAGCCUCACAAUGUGGUUCAGCUUGUCACGGAUAAUGGUUCGAACUACAAAAAAGCCUGCAAAAUUCUCUGUCAGGAGUUCCCUACCAUUGCAUGGCAGCCUUGCCUUGCCCAUACCAUCAACCUUAUGCUGAAGGACAUAGGGAAGUGGCCGGAGCAUGAUGCUUGUAUUCGAAGCGCGCAACGAAUUUGCAGCUGGCUCUACAACUCCAACAGUUUACACAGCAUGAUGAGGGAAGCCAUCGGUGGAGAGUUGGUCAAGUGGAAUGUAACAAGAUUUGGGACCAACUACAUGUUCCUUGAAAGCAUGUAUAAGAAGAAGGACCAGUUCAUGACAUGGUUAGUGUCACCUGAGUUCCGACAGUCCCGCCACUUCAAAAGUGAAACUGGAAGAUGCAAGGUUUUUGUGAACUACAACCUCCGCUUGCGUCUGCAACGUGCUACUAGAGGGGUCGAUCCAUAUGACUAUGAUCCAGUUAGCAGUUUCAUGGAUCUUUCUUUGUACCGGCAGUCAUCAGCAAUUCAAGAUUGGAUGAAGCAAUCAAGGUCCAAUGGAGACCCAGCAUUUGAUGAAGACUCUGACUUCACUGACACUCCAUUGCCGAGCCAGAUGUUCACUGACAUAGGCUCUUCUUAUGGUCACGAUGAAGAUGUGGAGACAUGGGCCGAAGAAACAAUUGGGGACACACAUCUGGGAAAAAGGAAGACUAAGAUUGGUCCCGAAAUGAGAAAAGGGAAGAAACCACGCACUGAGGAGGAGUUAGGUAGUGACGAUACCACACCUGAGCCUAGUGGUGGUGAGGACAUUGGUGAUGAUGAUGAUGAUGAUGAUGAUGAUGAUGAUGAUGAUGAUGAUGAUGAUGAUGAUGAUUCCAGUAGCAGUGAAGGUGAUGGCAAUGAUGGCAACGAAAGUGGUGGUUAUCGUAUAUCUCCUACUAUAAGGUUCACUGGGGAGGAGGACUUCACCCAUGCAACACAAGAUACAGAUCAUGGAGCACCUACUUCACAACGACAAACAACAUCGACACAUCGACAUGGUCGACAUGCCCCACUUGCAUAUGAUGAAGAUAGCUCCAACUCUGCCUCCAGUGGUCAGUACUACAACCCUUACAGUACUUCUCCCCCUGCAGGGGGCUUUCUGUGGCCACCACCAGGGGUGGUGAACCCGCCACUUCCGCAGGCAGUUGCAGCAUUGACUUAUUUGGAUUAUCACGGCUACCUACCAUAUGGAGCUCCACAGUUGCAAUAUCGCCCACCUACAUACGUGUAUUUGCCACCAACAGACGAGCCGUAUGAGGGACCACCGGGAGAGAGAUUUGAGGACUGAAGAAUGCAGAGAAUAUGCUACAUGGAUUAUUCUGGACUAUGUCUUUGCCUCUGUUGUAUCUUUGGAUUGUAAUAAUUCUAAGGGACUUUGGAUGUAUUGCGUUCUAUGUGUGGACUUUGGACAUGAGUUAUGUGUAAUAAUUCUAAUGGACUUUGGAUGUAUUACGUUGUA